GUGAUACAAAGAAGAACAUAUAGCAAAUCAGUGUGUAUUACAAAUUAUUUAGUUUUACUGUCCUACUAAAGGACGAAAAAAAAAAGUGCCCUUUAUUCUAGAGUUACUGUUUACUCUUUUUCUUUCUCUCUACCUUUUUUUUUUUAUUAAUUAUAAACACAAAACAGAAAAAAACUUCAUAUUUAUUAGUAUCUUUUUUUUAUUAGCCUCAGUUAACAUAACAGAAAAAAGUUAAAAAAAAAAAAUAUCAUUUUAAAAUGUUUGAUGAAAGUGAAAAAUUCCCUGAAGGAUGGUUUUUCAUUAAAAAUCACAAUAAUGGCUAUGUACUAAUGGUUGAUAAUGAGUCUCAAGAAACUAGUGCUUCUAUUGUGCUUUCUACUUUACGUACGAAGAAUUAUAACGCCCAACUUUGGCGUCAUGAUCCUAAAGGUUACCUUGUUAAUAAAAAAUCUGGACAAGUUAUGGAUGUCGCAAAAGGAGUACCUAAAGCAGGCGUCGAGAUAGUACAGCAAAUUCAAAUCACCAAUGGAAUUGAUGAUAAAAACUUUCAGAAGUUUGGCUUAUCAACUCAUGGCCAUAUUUAUUUGAUCAACAAACCUUCACUCGUAUUAGGUAUUAAAGAAUCAUUCUUCUCCAGACGUGAAGGUCUUCAUGUUCAUCUUCAGCUUGUUGAUAAGCAGCAUCUAGAUCGUAAAGAACAGCUUUGGGAUUUUAUAUUGCCUAUAAUUAAAGAGGUAACGAAUGAGCCUCUUCAAGGAAGUACAAGUUCUAGUACGAAUAAAAGGACUUCUACUAUUCAUGUUAAAUCACUAGCUGUUACUCAUAUUAGAGAAGAUGACACGCAUUCUGUUUCUUCUACUAAAGGUUCAAUAUAUUCAAAUAUGGAUCAAGAUGAUACUCAAAUUGUACCCAUUGGUUCUUUUCCUGAAACUCCCUUUUUCUUAAAGUCUUCAUCAUCUGGUCUUUAUAUCAGUAUUGAAGAUAUUUCUUCCGUUUCAUCUGGCACGCAGCUCACAAUUGAAUCACUUCGUAAAAAAGGCUAUGAAAGUCAACUUUGGACUUAUGAAACUACUACUCAUCAUCUUAUCAAUAAAUAUUCUGGUUUAAUACUUGGUGUUGAACAUAAUGAUAUUAAGGAUGGUGCUGAUAUUAUUCAAACAAUACCAUCUACUACUCAUGAGGAUACUCAAAAAUGGAUCAUGUCUCCUGAGGGUGAAUUGGUUUUAGAAUCUGACCCUGAAUUCGUUAUUGGCUUCAAGGAAAGCUGGUUCGGUAAUCGAGAAGGUGCUCAUCUCCAUUUACAAAAGGGGAACAAAGAUCACCGAAAUCAAAAGUUUACAGUUGUUUUACCUAUUUUCAAAAAAAACUCCGGAACUAAUGUCAAAGUUGAGCAGCAUAGUGUUUUCCCUAAUGGUUGGUUUUUCAUAAAAAGUCAAGUUCAUGGUCUUGUUCUCACAGUUUUAGAGACCGGUAUGAUUGCUGCUGAAAUUGCUGCUUUCAAAUUAGAUACUUCUAAUUACCCUCGUCAACUUUGGAAGUAUGAAGAUGGCUAUAUUGUUAAUAAGGCUUCCAAUAUGGUCCUCGAUGUUCGUGGAGGUUCUCUUAAGCCGAAUGCUAAGAUUUGUCAAUAUACUCAGAAAAAGGAUGAUAAUGAAAAUCAAUUAUGGGCAUUAUCUGCUGAUGGAGUAAUUUUUCUUGAGGCUAAUAAAAAUCUUGUCUUAACAGUUGAGGAAAACCAAACUGCUCAUUCAAAAUUGUAUUUGUCGGAAAGAAAAUCUAAUUUAGAAGAACAGCGUUGGAAUUUUGUAUUGCCUGUAUUUAAAAAGAAACAAACUACAACAUUUGAUUCUUUCCGUUAUGCUAUAUACCCUUCUGGGUGGUUCUUCAUUCGUUCAUCUAUCGAAGGAUCAACUACAGAAUCUCCUUUAGUUUUAAGUGCUCACGAAAAUUCGAUUGGUUUAUGUUUACUUGAUCGUCAAAACUGGCAACCACAACUCUGGACAUACUCUUCAGGAAAAUUAAUUAAUUAUUCUACUGAUCUUGCUAUUGACGUUACAUCAUUUAAUGCUGGUGCUAAUUUAAUUCAAAACAAAUCAUCAAGUCAAGAUUGGUACCUGACAGUUAACGGUAUCCUUGUUUAUGGUGUCUCUGAACCUAAGCUUGCUCUCUCAGUUAUUAUUGAAGAGAAUAACAAAUAUCGGUUGGCUCUAGCUAAUUUCAAGUAUUCCCCUGAUCUAUGCUGGAGUUUCUUAAUUCCUGAAUUUAGCUAUCGUUCAAGCAUGCAAACUCUAAUUCAAUGGUCUAUUGCAGUUCUCAAAGAAUGUCAUAAUAUUGCCACUAAUCAAUUGACACAUUAUCCAAUUGCCCAAUGGCCAGAGGGUGAAUUUUUUAUUCGCGGUCCUGAUAAUUUAGCUUUGGUACCUGAAAAAUCCGAAUAUGGAUCUAUACUUAUUAUGAACCAAUUUGAAAUCGAUCAUCAUUAUAAUUUUAAAUGGACUUUCCAAAAUAGUCACCUUGUGCAUUGUGCUACAGGCUUAGUUAUGUGUGUUCAAGACAACCUGAUCCAGGAAAAACAUUUGCAAUUGGGUUCAGAAAAUGAUAAUAGUCAAUCUUGGAUCUUGAGGAUGGAUGGGUCAAUUAUAUCUAAAAAUGAUGAGAAAUUUGGCCUUGGUAUUGUUCAAAUAAAUGGUGUUUGGACAGUUCAAAUAGUUAAUAGUAACUACUACUCAUGGAAAAUGCUUUACGGUGUUUAUGAUAGUUAUUACUCUGUAAAAGAGCAAAAGGAGAUCUCUCGUCUUGUUAGUUUUGAAAGAAUUAUUUUUAAUUUAUGGACUAUGCAUGACAGAGUUGAGCGCAAGUUAGUUACUCAUACUUAUGGAGUCUUCCCAAAAAGUUGGGUUUUCAUUCGAUCAAAAUGUGACGAAAAUCUUUUCAUUACAGUAUCUGACUCUAAAAAAGGCACUAAACUUAUAUUAUCUAAACUAACUAUUACAUCGUAUAGACGACAAUUAUGGAGAUAUCGCGAUGACCAUUGUAUCGUUAAUUUUGAAACGAAUUAUGUUAUUGAUGUUGCUGGUAGUAAACUCUUUUCCAAUGCAGACAUUAUUCAGUGGUCUCCUAAAUUCCUUCGCUCUAGCCGCAAGAAUCAAGUAUGGGGGCUAACUGUCCAUGGACAUAUUCAUCCUAAAUUUAAUUCGGACUUGGUUCUGAGUCCCGUAGGUAAUCAUGUAAGAGAAGGUGCUGAAUUAAAACUUAUUAAGCGUGGUAAUUUAAGUCUUGACUAUCAACAAUGGAUGUUUGCUACUCCUAUCUUUCAAAACUGUACAUAUGCUUCUUAUGAAGCCCAGCAAGCUCACAAAGAUAGUCUUAAGUUUGAAGGGAUCGGCAGUACUUGCUCUCUUGAUGUGUCUAGUCAUGAACGUUAUGAACGUAUAGAAAAAGACAUAGUUGUUCUUCGUUGGGGCGUUUUCCCACAAGAGAGCUUCUUUAUUCGCUGUGCUUAUGGCGAUAAGCACUUGGCUUUGACUGCUGAAUAUGAUGAGGCCUCAAUUACAAACUAUAAGGUUGUUAUUCGUUCUCUAGAUUUCAAGGCUUAUAAAUUGCAACUUUGGUCUUACCAAAACGGUAAUUUGAUCAAUGAAGAAACUGGAUUAGUCCUGGAUGCCCAAUCCAGUGAAGAUAUCAGUAUUGAAGAUGAGCAAACUCAGGUUUAUCUUAAGCAAAAGGCUUCAAAUGAAGGUCAAUUUUGGGAUCUUGGCGUUAAUGGCGAAAUCCACUUGAGGUCUAAUCAGCGGUUAGCCAUUGGUGCUAAUAAUGCUGAUGAUGCAUCUGUUGAAGGUGCACAGAUAGGUAUAAAAAAAAUUAAUGUUCUCUUUAAUAUUAUAGAUGACAAGAAAUUGUUAUCUUUGAAGUCAGAAGAAUGGGUUCGUUGGUCCUUCUCUAAACCUGUGUUUGGUAAGCGUGUAUCUGUAGCUAUUUCAGAAAACGAAUCAGGUCUUUUGGAAAUUGAAAAAUGUGAGGAUUGUUCUCUUACUGUUAAGGAGGAAGUUAAAAAAGUGAAUAAUGACGAAGAAGAAGAGUUCGAAGAAGUUGAUAAGGAUGAAGAGCUUGAUAUUCAGGCUUCUAUCCCUGAAGGUGUAGCUACUAUUGUUGAUGCUGGCAAUGUUGCUACCAUUGCUUCAGAUGUUGAUAAUAAGAUGUCAACUAGCUCUUCCACCGUUCAAGAGCAUGCCAUUGUAACAGAUAUCAAUAUUACUGAGCAAUUAUCUAAGCCAAACACUGCUACUAUUGUGGAAACAGCAUCUGCAGUUUCUGCUAUCGCUGUUGAAGAAAAUAAAGCUAAUUUAGAAGACAAUAAAUCAUCCAAGUCACAACAUCAAAUAGUACAUAAUGAUUCAUCCCUAUUGGAAAAUAAUUAUGUUCCUACUACUGGGUUUGAGAAGAUUGAUUGCUUCGAGUUACAUCAAAAUGGCUUCCCUUCAGGAUAUUUCUUUAUCAAAAGUUCUUUGUGUGGUUAUGUUUUAGACGCCACAAACGAUGCCAAAGAGGAUCGUUGUGUUACAUUAACGAAAAUGAGAUCAAAGGAUUUUAAUAGUCAGCUUUGGUCUUUUGAUAAUGGUUCCCUUAUUAACUUUAAAGGUCGUACUUUGGUUCUUGAUGCUGUUAAUACAUUUUCAAUUACUGGUGAGAGAGUUUAUCUCACAGUUUGUAACUCUAUAACUGAGGAUACGGUUGAUCAAGUAUGGGGUUAUAGCGCUGAAGGCAUCAUUUAUCUCAAGGCUAAAAGCAUUUUUAUCUUAUCUCUAGAAGACACUAAACGUUCUAACAAUAAUGAUCAUAUUGACGUUUAUGUUCAACAAGCAAAAGCUCCUAUAAAUAUAGAAGCUCACCCCAAGCAUUGUUGGGAAAUUUUGGUCCCUUCUAUAAUCUCUGCUAAUCAACAAGAAUCUAAUACCAGUAUUAUUGAGUCUAGUAAAACUGAAAAAGUCACUAGUUCUGCUUAUACAUUUAUAUCAUAUAAAUGGCUUAAGGAGACUUAUUGCUAUAAAAUCGCCAAGAAAAACCAAUGGUCCUCUACUGAAAACUGGUUCUUUAUCCGUUUUGGUUCUGAAAAUCAUUUUCUUGCUUCAGGAGAAACUUCUAAGAGCCAAGUAAGCCUGUGCAAAAUCAAUCCUGAUCUGGACUAUAGACGAUUUUUAUGGGUUUAUAUCAAUGGCUACUUAAUUAAUUAUAAAUAUCUACUUCGUUUGGUUUUGAAUAAUUCGCAUCAUUGGGUACUAUCAAACACUAAUGAUACACUUAACCAAAAAUUCUCUAUUGAUAUAAAUGGAUCAAUCUCUGUAACAAUUUCUAAAAUUGACUAUUAUAUCAACCAUAUCCAUAAUGCUUCUGGAUCUUGUUCUUUAACUGCUACCAUCAAAGAUUCUCAUAAAGAAUGUCAAGAUGUAGAGCUUCAUAUUCCUAUUAUCUCUGAUACUGAAUACCAGAAAGAUGCUAUUUCGACCCUUUCCUCCGUAAAGACCUGGAUUUGUAAGCAAACUUCAGAUUGGGCUAUUUUAACAGGCAUUACUACUCGUGAAAGAUUUUUUCCUGAAUCUACCUGGUUCUUUGUGAAGGUUGCUCACAAGAAAUAUGAUAAUUUGGUUCUGUCUGUUCACGAAGCGAACUUUCAAUUAGUUCUGAAAGAACUGGACUUUAAAUCAUUCCAGGAUCAACUAUGGACUUAUAAUGAUAACCAUCUAAUUAACUAUGGCAGCAAAUAUGUUAUUGAUGUUCAAGAUAAAGUUUCUAUUGGAUCAAAAUUAAUUCAUACAGCUGAAACAAAAACUAGCACACAAAAAUGGAUUUUAAAUGCAGAAAGUCAAAUUGAGCUUGAUAAUCAUGACUUUUAUAUUUUGGGUUGUGAUGCAUUCAAAGAUGGUGCAUGUGUUUUACUUGGCUCUUCAAGAGCAUCAAGCCACGUUUAUCCAAUCUGUUGGAAAUUCUUUAUACCAGUUUUUAGGAAGAGUACUACAUCUUCUGAAAUCAAUGAUAUCACUCAGGAAAUUGCAAACGUUUCAACUAUUGAAAGUGUUGAAGAUAUUUCUUCAAGCGUUAAGCCUCAACUUUCUCUUAUUAGAAAGGUUACAAAACAUACAUUUGUGACUUAUCGUGAAAUUCUUUUGAUUAUUAGCUGGUGGAGAAUUGUUUUUACUCGUCGUUUAUCAAGCUGUUGUACCCAAAAGGAAUACCUCGAAGUUAUUGAAAAAUAUCGCCAGAACCUAUAUAAUCGCUUUAAUCAUUACAUCAGUGUUUAUGGAUCCUCUUUAAGUAAAAAAGAAUUCUCAGCUCUUGAAGCUUCUUUGGAAGAAAUAAGAAAUAUUUUUGAAACUGAAGUUUUUAUCAAGCUUUUAAAUUAUUUCAAGGAAUUUAAAGCUGAACAAUUUAUCCCUACUACCACACAGCAUGAUCUUUCUAUUAUUGUCUUUGAAUUCUGUAACAAAAUUGAUGAAAAAUACAAAACUCAUAAUAGCAAUUUCAAGAAGGAAGAGCAUUUCUUUACCGAAGAGUCUUCUACAUUUUCUAGUUUAGUACAUACAUCUAACCAAUACAUAUCUGAAUUGGAAGCUGCUAAUAAUAUUCUUAUUACUUUUGAUAUUAUCCAUGUUACUAUUCGUUAUUGGUUUAGAUUAUUGUAUAAGCAUCUCACUCAGGCUUUUAAGGAUAACAUGGAGACAGACAGAAUCCAAAAUUUUAUUCAAGAUAGCUACCUUGAACUUCAAGUUAAAUUGAAUAGUAUCUCUAAAACCAUAAAGUCAGCUUUGUCUCAAUCUAUUUACUUUGAUGAACACAAUAGGCAGAAACUUGAGCAAAUAGUUAAUUCAGCUAUUCAAAAGCUGUGCCUUGAAAUAGAACAUUUUAUUCACAAUCAGGAUGUUAUAAUUAUUUCUUCUAUCGACCAAUGGGAUAUGUUAGUGUUCACUGUAAAUGUGAGUCUAACCUCAAUAAUCCACGAAUACAAAUAUAUGAUUCAAAAACAUAUUGUUAGUACAGAGACGGAUACAGAUAUGGAGGAAACAAUUCAUGCUGAUAAAAUGGACGCUGAAUAUGGCAGGGCUGAUAUUAUCACUUAUCUGGAUGAAACUAAAGCAUAUAUUACCUCUUGGUUCUCCCGUGUUUAUGAAGAUAUAAAUUGGAUUGUCAAUAUAUCAUCUACUAAACAAGAUAUUAUCACAGUAAUUGACGCUUCAGAGCUUGAACUUGUUUCAAAGAUUGAUGAAUAUACAAUAUUACUUUCUGUUCUGCUAAUGAGAACUUUAUAUCUCUCAUGGUCUAAACGUCGUUAUUUGAUUAGCUUCUAUACUACUAUAAAAGUUUACAUCUUAUUUAACUUGAAGAAGCUUAAGGAAGCUAUAAAUGAUGAAGUUGAUAAGGAGCUUAUCUUAGAAGUAACCCGUUCUAUAUUUGGAGAAAAAGAACAAAUUGAAAUUCUAAAGAAUAUUGAUUUUGCUUCGGAAAUUGUUUCAGAUUCUGCCAUUACUAAAAUUACAACUGAUACACAAGAAACCUUUUUAUCUAGUUCUGAUAAAGUUGUUGAUGGCAUAGCUUCUGAAGUUUACAAGAACAAUCCGAUAUCUGAUAUUAACUUUGUUGUUGCUGAUAAACAUAAAACUAUCAACAUAGAUAUCAUUACAAAUGAAUCGACGGCACUAUCAAAGAUAGAAACAUCAGCAGAAACAAUAGCAAAUAAUAAUGGAAUAACUAAAAUUGAACUUGCAUCCGAAAAAGCUCAGUUUACAAAAACAGAACAGGAGGGAAAAGAAAUUUUCUCUGAAUCUUCUCGCAUCAAAAAAUCGAAUAAUAUUGAUGUUUGUUAUAGUAACGACUGUUGUCAUAAACUUGAAGAUGUAAAGAAAUAUUCUGAUGCUACAAGUAUUAACUCGAAUAUUUCUUCUGAAGCUGUCGAAGGAGAAAAGAAAAUAAUAAUUGAAUCAAAAAUUGAUGAUAAUGGUGUAAAUUUAUCUACUGUUAGUCUUUCUACAGAUAAAAAGAUUUUAACUGACUCACUACAAAGUGAUAAAGAAUCCAACAUAUCUACUGAAAAAAUGGAAAAGGAUAAAAUGAAAAUUAUUAACAGGAUAUCUGAAUCCAUAGUUGCUAUUGGUAUCAUACAAAAUACUGAACAAAACAAAAAUGAAUUAGACACUAUUAUAGGUACUAUUACAGAGUCAGGCACUAUUACAGAUUCAGGAACUAUUACAGAAACAGACACUAUUACAGAAACAGAAACCAUUACCAAGGAGUAUGAAUCUUCUACUGCUAUUACUGUCGAUGUGGUUGAAAGUGAAAAAGAAGCAAAUACAGACACUAUUACAGAGUUGGAAACUAUUGCCAAGGAAUUUGAAUCUUCUGUUGCUAUUACUGUCGAUGUUGCUGAAAGUGAAAAAGAAGCAAAUACAGACACUAUUACAGGCGCUGUUACAGAAACAAUUAUAGAAUCAGAAAAUGCUAUUACUACUGAGAUCACAGAAAUUAUUGAAGAGAAUAUAAUUAAAUUAGAGACUAUCUUCAGAGAAUCUGGAUCUUCUAUUAAUGAAGAUAUGAUUGUUGAAGAAAAACUAGCUGUAGCCAUAUCUGAAUCAAACUCUAAUGGUUCUAAUUCUUUUAAGAACGAAAAGAUUACUGUUACGAAUUCAGAAAUUGAUACAGAUGAGUCAAACUUUUCUUUUGCCGAUGUUAUCCAUGACAAAAAUGAAGUUAUUGAAAAAUCAGUCGAAUCUAUUAGUAAAGAAUCAGAAACUUCAUUUGAAAUUGAUACAGUAGAAUCUGCUUUAGAAGUACAAAAUUCUGAGACUUCAGUUGCUAUUGGUACUAUCAAGAGUCAAAGGGAAGCUUAUAAUCAGUCAGAAAAUAUAAUUAACCAAUUAGAAUUAGAAUCUUAUAAUUCUGAUAUUAUUGCAAACAACGAACUGUCAUCUAUUAUUAAUUCUGGUUCUACAGAAAGGGAGGAUAAAUUUUCUGUUGAAGCUGAGAGUGUUAUUGGCUUAGAAAUUAUUUCUGAGGAAUCCAAAUUGGCAAUUAUUAUCGAAGAUGAAAGGGCUUCCAUUAUUGAAUCAGAAACUACUGUCUCUAGAGAUGACAAUCCUGUUACUAUUGGUUUAAUUACUAAUGGACAAGUAACUGAUAUUCAGGUAGAUAGCAUCGUUGAAGAGCCUAAACCUUUUGUCAAUAUCAAUAUAGUUGAUAAUAAUAAAACAGGAGAUUCAGAGUUAGAAUCUAUCACUCAAGAAUCUGAUGCUUCCAUCAUUUCUAGUGUUUCUGAAGGUACAAAGGAAACUUUCAACAAAAAUGAACUCUCUGUUAUUGAUAAAGUAAAUAACGAAGUUUCAUCUUUUAUUGAAUUUAAAUCAAGUAAAGAGGAAUUAGAGCCUACCACUACCAUUGAAGUUAUUAACAAUGAAAAACAAAUUACCACUGAGACAGAGGUUUUUGACGAAGAUUUCGAAACUGUUAUUUUUGAUGAUACCGUAAAAUUAGAUUUGGCCAAUAAAUCCCACUCAUUCAUUGAAAAUAUUGAAGACAAAAAUAUUAUUACUAUAACCUCGGAAACUAUCGUUAAAGAGUCAAAAGAAUCUACUAUUAUUGGAAGUGAAAAAGAAACUACUGGUGUAUCACAAAUACUUAUCGAUAAUUCUGAGUCUGCUAUAUCUUUUAACAAUACGGAAAGCGAAGAAGAUUCUCAUACAAUUGUUAAAUCGGAUAUAUUUAUUAAUGAACCUGAAUCUUCUAUUAUUGCAGAUUUAACCACCAAUGACAGCAUAACUAACCUUGAAUCAUCGUAUAAAGAAUCUGAAUCCUUGACUAGCAUAAGUAUAAUUGAAAGCGAAAGACUAUUGGCAACUGACUCAAAGGAAGCUAUCCAUGAAUCCCAACUUCCCUUUGAUGACAUCGUUGAUAACAAGAAGCAAAUUGAUGGCCAAUCAAAUACUAUAAAGGAAAAUAAUCCUUCAAGUACCACAAUUAUUGUUGAAGACAUAAAAGGCUUCCAUAUUGAAACGGAAACUAUUCAUCAAAUUACCAACGAAUUUGAGACUUCUGUUGUCAUUGAUAUGGUAGGAAGUGAAAUAAAAUCUACGACUGAAGCAAAAAAUAUUACUCAGGAAUCCGACACCAAUUGUGAUAAAGAGCUUAUACAAGAUAACAUAUCAACAGUCAUAGAAUUAGAACCUAAUAUUAAUAAAUUUGAAGCUAUCCAUGGUACUGACGUGAUAACUGAAAUAGAGAACACUGAAAAAGCAUCAGAAGUGAGUGUCACUAAAUCGGAGUCAUCGAUUCAAAAGUUAGAUUCUUCUACUAUCACUAAUAUUAUAGAUAAAAACACGGCUGUUACAAAAUUGGAAACUAAUAUUAACGAAUAUCACUCUUCUAUUACCACUAAUAUUGUGGGUAAUGAAAAUAUGAUUAGUACCGAAUCAGAGGCUACUAUCAAGGUAUCUGAAAUUUCUGUUGCAGCUAUAGAUGAUACUAUUGGUGAAAUGGUUACUACAGCAUCAGAAGCAAUCAUAAAAAAUCAUGAAUCCUCAAUUAAUUCUACUACGAUUGAAAAAGAUAAUGAUUCUAACGAUAAAUCAGAAAUUAUAAGCAAGGUUUCUGAAUCUUCUACUAUUACUGCAAUAAAUACAGAAGAAAUUACGACUAUUGUCGAAUCGGAAGUCAGCAAAACCAAUAGUGAAAGUGAAUUAUCUAUUGCUCUUAAUAUUACUAAAGAUGACAAUACAACUACUUUUACUUCUACUUCUCAGGAUUUAGAUAAAGGAACAGGGAAUGGUGUUAUUGCAAAGCUUAUAUCAGAUGACAAAAACACAGCUAUUGAAUCAGAUGCCACUAUAAAUCAGUCUGAAAUUUCUACAAUUGUUAACGUUAUCAGUAAUUCUCAAUCUAUUAUUGAUGAAUAUUUAACUAUUACUACUAGAAGUGGCGAUAAAAAUAACGAGGAAAUUGCUAAAGAAAAAGAAACUUUUGAAGACUCUACCUCUUUGAUUACUGUUGACGUAAUUAUUGAUGAAAAGACAACAAAAAUUGAAGAAGAUACUGUUGUUAACAACGAUGAUGCUUCUUCUAACAUUAUUGAGAAGGAACAGGAAUUAAAGGCUACUAUUACUCAACAUGAAUCUAUAACUACUAGUACUACCAUAGAUUCUAAACCAAAUUUUGAAGUUUCUGAAUAUACUCCUACCGCUAUUGCUGAUAUUAAAAAUGAAACAUAUACCAACUUCGAAGUAGAAACUACUGCAGAUGUAAUAACAACAAUUAAUGACACUAUAGGAAGUAAGCAAGUAACUGAUAUUGAAACAGAAACCAUUACCAAGGAGUCUGAAUCUUCUGUUGCUAUUACUGUUGACAUGGUUGAAAUUGAGAAAGAAGCAAAUACAGACACUAUUACAGAGUUAGAAACUAUUACCAAGGAGUAUGAAUCUUCUGCUGCUAUUACUGUCGAUGUGGUUGAAAUUGAGAAAGAAGCAAAUACAGACACUAUUACAGACACUAUUACAGACACUACUAUAAACACUAUUGUAGAAACAGAAAUUAUUACCAAGGAGUAUGAAUCUUCUGCUGCUAUUACUGUUGAUGUGGCUGAAGGUGAAAAAGAAGCAAAUACAGACACUAUUACAGAAACAGAAACCAUUACCAAGGAGUCUGAAUCUUCUGCUUCUAUUACUGUCGAUAUGGUUGAAAGUGAGAAAGAGGCUGCUUCAAAAGUAGAAAUUAUGGUAGAUAUAGAAGACAUUACUGAGAAAACCAUCAGCAUUAUAGAAAGUGUUAAAGAAAACGCUUGUGUAUCAGAAGCUUCCAAGGAACCCGAAACUUCAAUUAUUUACGGUGUUAUAAAUAAUGAAAAAGAAAGUACAAUUAAUACAAUGAUUAUCUCAGAAAAUGUUGAAGAAUGUGAACAUACUGUUGUUGAUAUUGUUCAUAGUGAAGAAGAAUCUACCACCGUAUUAGUUGAUUCUGUCACAAGAGAACCAAGUAUUAUCACUUCUGAACAUGAGGAGACAACAGUUUUAGGAUCAGGAACAAUUAUAUAUAAAUCUGAACUUGUGACUAAAGAAUCGGAAUCUUCAAUUACUACUGGUAUUAUUAGAAGUGAAGAAUCAGAAAUCAUAGAAUCAGAGACUAUUACCAAUGAAUUUGAACCUUCUACUAAUACUGAUUUGAUUACUGAUGAGAAGAGACCUAUUCUGAAAUUAGAAACAGUUAUUGAUAAAAGAAAAUCCACUGAAAACAUUGAGUUAGUUGAAAACGAAAAACAGAGUAUCACAGAAUCAAGACCUACUAGUUAUGGAGAAUCUAAAUUUAAUAGUGUUAGCAAUGUGAUAGUUGAUGAGGAAAUCAUUAUCUCGAAGAUUGAAAGUAUUAAUGACAAUUUAGAAUCUUCUAAUUCUAUUAAUAUUUCUGAACGUCAAGCAAUCUGACACAAGUAUUGCUGUAAUUGAUAUCGAAAACAAGAAGGAAAUCAUCGAUAAGAGGAAAUCUGCUGCUAAUGAGUCCAGAUUUAUUACUACUGAAGAUACUAUUAAAAAUGAGCUCCAAAUAACAACUAAUGACUCUGAUAAUAACUCCAUCUCAUUUGUAGAGGAAGAUAAAAAAAAUAC